CUUCCAUUUUGUAAAGGGUUGGCUUUUCCCUGCGCGCGCACUCGCUGCCUUCUAAUUAGCGCGCGCACUCAGAGGCAAAGGUGGAGGCUUGGCUCGUCGCCACGGAGCUGCUCAGAAGAAACUUGUGCGGUGGCAACUUUGACAAACACUGUUAAAUGUCUGUCACAUAGCUUAAAUAUUUUAAAGUAUAUGGUGGACGGGAACUCUCCCAAUGUGUGACGAGGGUGAGGAAAGCGACAGCGGCGAGAGGGGGCACCUCUCCGAGUCUCCCUCCUCGCCUCUCUCUCUCAGACUUCCCCGAGGAUCUCCCUCCUCUCCGCGGCCCCUAGACCUGUUCUCCUCCGCCUCUCCGCUGCUUGGGGACACCGACCCACCUUACCUCGCCUCUCCGGAGUGUCUUCACCCGUCUCCAGAGUACCAGGAAACCGGGGGUUCCACACACUUUACACCGCCAAAGUUCCCCCAGCGCACCGGGGACACCGGCUCGCCGUUUCUCUCGCGGCCGGGUAUACACAUAGAUGCGGUCUACGACCAGUACGAUGACCCGUUUCCCAAGUGGAGGGGACGUGGAGCGGCCAACGCUGAGCGCUUUCAGCACCGCGGACAGAGACUGCACCGGGCUCCGGAGCUCUCGGACUAUGGGAACCACUACACUGUUGAGCACAUAGACACCGAGUUCAACUCCGAAACCCGGCAAACGGUGGAAGCCAUGCAUCGCCGCCACACGACGUUGAGGGAGAAGGGGCGUCGCCAGGCAGUGCGGGGCCCAGCCUAUAUGUUCAAUGAGCGUGGCUCGCCCCUCACUGCAGAGGAGGAGCGUUUUCUGGAUGCUGCUGAAUACGGAAACAUUCCUGUGGUCCGCAAGAUGCUGGAAGAGUCCAAAACCCUUAACUUUAAUUGUGUGGACUACAUGGGCCAGAAUGCUUUGCAGCUCGCAGUGGGUAACGAACACCUAGAAGUGACCGAGCUGCUGCUAAAGAAGGAUGGUUUGGCUAGGAUUGGUGAUGGCCUCCUUUUGGCCAUCUCAAAAGGUUAUGUUAGAAUCGUUGAAGCCAUUCUUGCCCAUCCUGCUUUUGGUGGAGGUCUGCGACUGGCUUUGAGCACUUUGGAGCAAGAGAUGCGGGAUGAUGACUUUUACGCCUACGACGAAGACGGAACACGCUUCUCGCAUGACAUCACACCCAUCGUCCUGGCUGCUCACUGCCAGGAAUACGAGAUUGUCCACAUCCUCCUGACAAAGGGAGCUCGCAUUGAAAGGCCCCAUGACUAUUUCUGUAAAUGUUCAGAAUGUGUGGAGAAACAGAAGAAAGACUCUUUCAGCCACUCACGCUCCAGGAUGAAUGCAUAUAAGGCCCUGGCCAGCGCAGCUUACCUGUCGCUCAGCAGUGAAGACCCUGUGCUCACCGCCCUCGAGCUCAGCAACGAACUGGCAAGACUGGCCAACAUUGAGACAGAAUUUAAGAAUGACUACCGUAAGCUGUCCAUGCAGUGUAAAGACUUUGUGGUGGGUGUGUUGGACCUUUGUCGGGACACAGAGGAAGUUGAGGCGAUUUUGAAUGGCGACGUGGAUCAGUGCCCACCGAGUCCCUACAACCGUCCCUGCCUCAGCCGUGUCAAACUGGCUAUCAAGUAUGAAGUCAAGAAGUUUGUUGCUCAUCCGAACUGCCAGCAGCAACUGCUGACUAUCUGGUAUGAGAACCUGCCUGGCCUGAGGCAGCAGUCCAUUGGUGUGAAGUGCUGGACAGUGCUGGGAGUAACUGUAGGCCUCCCAUUCCUGGCUAUUGCCUACUGGAUAAUGCCAUGUAGCAAGCUUGGUCAGAUCCUGCGAAGCCCCUUCAUGAAGUUUGUGGCUCACGCUGUCUCCUUCACCAUCUUCCUGGGUCUCCUGGUCGUCAAUGCUUCCGACCGCUUUGAAGGAGUAAAGAACCUUCCCAACGAGACCAUCACAGACCAUCCUCGACAGGUGUUCAGGGUCAAAACCACCCAGUUUUCCUGGACAGAGAUGUUGAUCAUGAAGUGGGUAUUGGGCAUGAUUUGGUCAGAGUGCAAGGAGAUCUGGAGUGAUGGACCCAGGGAGUAUGUCAUGCACCUUUGGAAUGUUCUGGACUUUGGUAUGUUAUCCAUCUUCGUGGCAUCCUUCACGGCACGCUUCAUGGCAUUCCUGAAGGCAUCCAAGGCCCAGCAAUAUGUGGACAUGCAUGUACCAGAUGACAACCUCAGCAACGCCUCACUGCCUGAUGAAGUGGCUUAUUUCACUUACGCCAGAAACAAGUGGCGGCCAUCAGAUCCUCAGAUCAUCUCAGAAGGCCUGUACGCCAUCGCCGUCGUUCUGAGUUUCUCUCGCAUCGCCUACAUACUGCCAGCCAAUGAGAGCUUCGGACCCCUGCAGAUUUCACUGGGGCGCACAGUCAAGGACAUCUUCAAGUUUAUGGUCAUUUUCAUCAUGGUGUUUGUGGCCUUCAUGAUCGGCAUGUUCAACCUGUACUCAUAUUACCUCGGAGCAAAGUACAACCCUGCCUUCACCACGGUAGAGGAGAGUUUCAAGACUCUCUUCUGGUCAAUCUUCGGGCUGUCUGAAGUGAUUUCGGUGGUGCUGAAGUAUGACCAUAAGUUCAUAGAGAACAUCGGCUACGUGCUGUACGGAGUCUAUAAUGUCACUAUGGUGGUAGUUCUUCUCAACAUGCUCAUUGCCAUGAUCAACAGCUCUUACCAGGAGAUAGAGGAGGAUGCCGAUGUGGAGUGGAAGUUUGCUCGAGCUAAGCUUUGGCUCUCCUACUUUGAUGAGGGCCGCACCUUACCCGCCCCCUUUAACCUCGUUCCCAGCCCUAAGUCCUUCUACUACUUGGUGCUAAGGAUCAAGUCCUGUCUGAUUCGCCUCUGCAAGGCCAACGGCCAUCACCAUAAUGAGUUGGAGAUGGGCAUGCUCAACUCCCAGGCCAAGGAUGAACGCUUCAAGUCUUAUCCACGGCCUGGAGAAGAGUUCACCCAAAGAAAAGCUAGAAAACACCCCACCAGAUACCAGAAGAUCAUGAAGCGCCUGAUUAAGCGGUAUGUGCUUAAGGCUCAAGUGGACAGAGAGAGUGAUGAAGUUAAUGAAGGCGAGCUGAAGGAGAUCAAGCAAGACAUUUCCAGCCUCCGCUAUGAACUCCUGGAGGAGAAGUCCCAGGCCGCAGGCGAGCUGGCUCUGCUCAUCCAGCAACUUGGCGACAAGUUUGGCAAGAACACCAUGAGACACUGACAGGACUUGCAAGAAGGGAUGGGGAGAAUGUGAGAGAGGGUGAAAUCAGGAAGAGGUCGGGGGUGGGGGGGUUUGGGGGGCAGAAAGCUGGGUCAACGCAGGUAUUUUUAAGGCCUUGAUAGUACAAGAAGGAGAGAAAAGAGACAGGGGAAGCAGGAUGUUUAUGAGAUAGACAGGAUGAAUGGAGGACAGUGGAAGAAAAACAUGACAUAAAGAAACUGGGCAGAGUGAAACAGCUGAUUUAGAUAUGCCGGGACACAAUUAGGGAGGAAUGUGAAAAGCAGAUUGUGAACACAAGUGAACACGAGAGGGUCAGAGGUGAAGUAAAGGGAGUCAGAGGGGCUUUGUGCUGACAGUUCAAUUCUAAUUAAAAGCAAAGUCUUUCACGAGGCGCGAGAAAGGAGAGGAAGAAAGAGCCUCGCAGGCUGGGUGGGAGGCAGAGGGAGACGAAUGAGGAGGAAAACACAACUACCAUGAGAUAUGACGAGGCACCACGGGGCAUAAGACUGAGGCAGUAAAAGCCCCCACACCCACUGCCAAGAUAUAUCAAUGUAUCGCCAACUCGGAGAGGGAAACCCAGAAACGGGAUGACACAGAGAGAGGGCUGGAGGGGGAGAGGAACAAGUGAGAAAAAUAUCUUUAAAAAAAAAAAAACUGCCACUGUUAUUUACACCGGAAACGCUGGCAUUGCUUCUGAGUCCUCACUUUGUUGGGACAAGCAUAGAUGCCUGUGAGAAUACUGCACACACCUUUAUACAGCAGGCUGUCUAAUUAAUGCAUAUCCAUUCAUAGUGCACAACCUAUGAUCAGGAUUCUGUGGAUUCAGGAAAAAUGCACUUAUUUGAAAGUCAUUAAAGAAACCACUAAAAUAUUAAACAUUAUCGUAUUAUCUUAAUGUCAUUUAGAAUUCUGUCCUCAUAGCACAGACAGUGUUAGGUCCAGCAGAUCCAGAAGAUCCAUGCUAGAACAAAAUUACUGUAAUUUAAGAAAAAAAACCCUCAAACAGCUUCUUCUUUACCUCAUUCAUGCUGCCAGAAAAGAAAAUGACAAUUAAGAUAAACAGAAACUAAUCUGAGGCUUUCACAAUACCUCUCAUCCAUUCUUUAAAAUUGAGAGGGCCUUUCUUGUUUCAACAACUUUAAACCAGCGUGUUGAAGUAUGGCCGAGAUAAUUGCUUUAGAUAUUCCCCUCUCCUCUGUGUUUGGAGCACUAAGUGUCUCAUGUUUUCUAAAAUGGUAACAAAAAAGUGACAGGUCCUCGAGGAGUAUGUUUACAGCUCUAAAUCCAGAAGGUCAGCACUGAGGUUAAGCCCGUGAAGGUAGCAAAACUGAGUCUGCUCCAGGGCAGCCAGACAUUUGUGAGGAGAGAAAAUCUCCGAGAUGCAGAGAUAUAUUUAUGUAUGCAGUGAUCUGGCAGUAAAACUGGAAUUCAGCUGCAGAAGCUGUGCAGAGUUAUUUUAUGGUCUUUCUUUUAUUUUAUUUUGGAGACAUAUUUGACAUACAACAGCAUAAACUGAAGUGUUGUGUUAGACAUUGGUUAUAGCUGAACAAUAGUUUAAACAAACAAAACAAAGAAGUAUAAAACAGUUUAAGAAGUUAUUAAAUCUGGACAUUAUUGUCCAGAGUAAUGUUGAUAUAAAUGGGGUGCUAAAAUCUAUGAUGACCUGUGGGAUCAGAUGCAUCAUCGUUCCCUUUUGUGACUGAGGCCCAGAUUUUGAUUUAAAGCAAAUAUGAACAUACUAGGCAUCCCAAAGCUGAAAGACACACCAGUAGAUCUAGUUAAGAAGCUCCUGUCCUUCAUUCUUUUUAUUAAUUAAUCACUAAAUUCAAAGUUCUUUUUUGAAUCCUUGAAAAUAUAUUUCAUUCAAAACAUCAACAUCUAGUGCUGGCAGUCACACCAAUCUGCAUAUUUUUCCACGUUUAAGUUUAUAAAUUAGAAUAUAACAUUCACUUCCAUCAAUCCUUCUUGAAAUUAAUCAGAUAAAAUUUAAAUAUAUUUAAGCUAAAGCAGAACUAUAUUACCAUUCUUUUAUUGUGUGGCUGGUUACAGUAGUUAUUUGAUCUCAGAUGGUAGAGUCAAGAUGGGCCUAUUGCAGCCAUCAGCAACAGUGUCAUUAGGUGCUUUUGGACUCCCCAAUUUUUUUUAUAUGGUCCUAGUAAUUGUCCUAGGUAGUAUGCACUAUUUCUCCUGCAAGUACACAUUGCAGGAGUUAGAGGGCUUUUUAAAGAUAUUUUCUAAUCUCCUGCUACAGAGUAAGUGUUUUUUCUGCUUAAGAACUAUAAUUGGUUCAGCAGUGUUUAUUCAUUAGUUCAAAACAUGAACGCAGCAACUGGCAUUAAGAAAAAGAAAGUAACCACUGGUAAAUAUUAGCCUAGAAAAUGUCUCUAGCCUCUAUACGAGAGAGGGAAUACAGCAUGUUUUUAAAUUGUCAAAGAAAAUUUGAAAAAUCUUUUGUUAGCAGGUCCUCUUAAAUUUCUACUUUGCAUCCACCACAGAACAAAAGCCACGUAGACAGAAAAGAGGCUGAAACAGGAUUGCAGGAAAAUAAAAGACCACAGCAAGAGCUGAUGAUAAAUUACCGACUUGCUAUUGCAUCACUUUAGAAUUCCUAAUAGUGGUCCAAGUUAAACAAAUGCUUGAACAAACAGCUUUGAAAGUGGGUAGUUCCCAGGCAGAGCCCAGGUAGUUCCCAAAACCAUCAAGUCAUCUUUGACAGUAAAACCUAAAACCUGCAUAUAUAUGUAUAAUUAAAAUAUACAGUAGUGUGUGUGUGUGUGUGUAUAUAUAUAUAUAUAUACACACACACACACUACUGUUUCUUACAGAUAGGGCUUCAUUCGUAUAGAUAGGGCUUAAACUCGCUAGUAGGCAAAUACGACCAAGUAUAUUUCUAAUUCAAAUAGAUAGUAUUUAAUCAGAAGGCUUUAAACAUAAUUAAAAUGCCGUUUUUAUGGAUAUGAUUUUUUAAUUUGUUUCAGAUACAUAAAGGCUUUUCAGACAGAUUUUCAUUUCAAUUAAAUGGACUCGACCUUAUUUCUUUAUUUAUUUGUAUUAGGUGUUAGGGCUGUUAAUUAGUUUCCUUUUUGUAGAACCAUGCAAAUGAUGAAAAGACCCACCACCAGAAAGAGAACAUUUCCUCAAAUACUGUAUUUUUAACUUCUACACAAGAAUUAAUGAUUCAAUCAAAAUCUUGUAUGGUAUAUUGUCAUAUUUUUGAUCCUUAAAUUAAACAGAGUAAGCUCUA